AUGCAGAAGCUUAUGCGGCGGACGGCUCAGGCCGAGCGGCAGGUCAUACGGCGGAGCAAGAAGCAGGGCAAGAUGAGGAAGAUGGCGCUCCAGCGGCAGGAUUUCAAGCAGCGCAUGGCGGGCACACAGGAAGCACACGCUUCGCUCAAGGACGCGACGCGCAGGCGGCGAGAGGACUGGGAGAUGGGCAGCCUCGCUCCCAGGCGAGACACGCCACUGCCCGACUCCAGCGGCGCCUACUGGGGCUCCGUUAGUCUCAGCCGCAACUUGGCAGACAAAAUCCCAGAGAAACAGAGGGACCUGGCCUGCCGCUGGGCGGGCGGCCGCAAGACCCUCUGCAUCAAGCAAGGUGACCGAGUGGCCAUCAUGGAGGGCCCGGACAAGGGGAAGAUCAGCACUAUAAAAUAUGUCCAAGAGGAAGGCGCAUUCGUCGCACUUGAAGGAGAGCACUUGAUGCAAAAUUACACUGUCCCGGAAUACAUGACAAAGAUGCGAAGCGAGAAGCCGACCUACGUCCAAAUCUCCGAGUUCCGCGCCCCAAUCCAGGCCGUCCGCCUAGUCCACCCCCUCCCGGACCCCGUGUCAGGCGAGAUCCGCGACGUGGUCAUCAACGAGCUCGUGGCCCGGAACUACUACAAGGACAAGGCCACGGGGCGCGAGACGUGGUCGCGCGUUGUGCCGGGGCUGAACAUUGAGAUCCCCUGGCCCAAGGCCUUCGAGGAGGCGGAGAAGCAGGAGAUGGAGGGCACGUUUGAGGACCACGCGUGCGACACGCUGCGCAUCGACGCCGAGGAGAAGACGUUCGUGCCCACGCUGCUGCGCCCGCCCAUGCCGACCGAGGUCAUCGACGAGCUGCGCAACCGCUACUCCAAGUUCCGCACGCGCCACACGGACGAGUACGUCGCCAAGAAGGAGGCCGAGGAGGCCGAGAAGCUUGCGCGCCGGAAGAUGAUCACGACCAUGCGCACGCCGGUGCAGGAGCUCAACGCCAAGAUCAAGGCCGAGAAGAGGGCCCGCGGCCAGCCCGAGCUGACCGAGGACAUGCUGGCCAAGAUCGGAGAGGUCAUGGCGAGGAACAGGAAUCGCACGCUGGCUGGAGCCGGCAUUGCGCAGGUCGAGAGGCCACCAGUCACGGGAGACUUAACAAGCGGCCCCCGAGGAACAGGACCAUCCCCUUCACCAUGA